GAGAGAGCCUACAGAAAAGAAGAGCGAGAGAUGGAGUCAAGAAUGGGUGCUUGGGGACUAGUGUUACAUUGCAAACUCUUUGCAAAGAUGGGGGACGACAGACCUUUUGUGUGCAACGCUCCGGGCUGUGGACAGAGGUUUACCAACGAGGACCACCUGGCUGUACACAAACACAAGCAUGAGAUGACUCUGAAGUUUGCCCCUGCCAGGACUGACUCUGUCAUUAUCCAAGGUACUGGUUCUCCUAACCAGACCCCUACUCCCACUCGCUUCCUGAAGAACUGCGAGGAGGUGGGGCUGUUCAACGAGCUGGCUAGCUCCUUCGCUGAGGAGUUCAGGAAGGCCCAGGAGGAUGACGACAAGCGGGCCAAGAACCCUCUCCCUGCCCCGAACAGGGAGGUGGCCCUGGACAUGAGCCUGCAGACGCCGUCAGCAGAUGCCGUGAGGGUGAAGGAGGAGAAGCCUGUUGAGGUUGACUCCUCCCCACCAGGAAGUCCAGAUUCCUUUUCCAGCAUGUCAGACAGUAGCAGGGACGCCAUGGUGAGAAGAGGAAAGGACACUCCCCCGAGGCCAGCGCUGAGUUCGGCCCCCACCCCCACGAUCGUGAGGCCAGGCGCCCUCCCUGUGCGGCCCAGACCAGGCUCUCUGCCCCUCCACCUGGGUUUCGACGCUCUGCACCCCACCAUGCCUUCACCCACCUCCGUCAUCACACCCACCCCACCCUCCAACCGCACCCUAUUGGGCUCUCCCACAGGCCACUACCCCAUGAUGAUGCACCUUCCCAACGGCCUCCUCCCUGGACCCAUGCAGAUACCCUCUGUCAUAUCUCUGGCCCGGCCCAUGCACAUGGUGCCCAACAUUCCCGGCAUCCCUGGUCCUCCUCUGGGAGGUGGCAGCAGCGGCUCCAACUCCCCCUCCGGGUACACCACACACUCUGAGGCCAAGAUGAGGUUGAAGGCAGCACUGGCCCAGCAGAGUUCAGGAGGUCAUGGUAUGGGAGGUAUGGCCGGCAGCCCCAUGCACCCCCAGAGGAUGGAACAGAGCCAGUUAUUGGUGCAGCACCCCGAUGCACCCUCCCCAGCACAGCCACAGGUGUCUCCGGCCCAGCCUACUGGUGGUCGGCGGCGGCGUGCGGCGGAGGACGACCCGGACGACAGACGACAGCGUUUCCUAGAGAGGAACCGGGCGGCUGCUUCGCGCUGCCGACAGAAACGCAAAGUCUGGGUCAACUCCCUGGAGAAGAAGGCCGAGGAGCUUGUCUCCAUGAACGUCUCGCUGGCGAAUGAAGUGUCUCUCCUGAGGAACGAGGUGGCUCAUCUCAAACAGCUGCUGCUGGCUCACAAGGACUGCCCUGUCACCACUCUACAGAAGAAGAUUGCCUACAUUGGAGAGGACAGUCCUAUGAGAGACAUGUCGGAGCCCACCGGCUCCCCAGCCCCUGUCAUCCAACACAGCUCCCUGCCCAGCCCCUCUCCUUCCUUGGGCCCCAACGGCAUGGGUGCCCGGGCGGCCGCCGAGGCCGUGGCCAUGUCCGUGCUGGCUGGGAUGGGUCAACACCAGCAGAGGAGAGGUGAAAGAGAUGGAGGGCGAGACGGGAGGGAUGAUCCCUCCUCCCACGUCAUCAUGGCCACACAGUCACACCACUCUUCCAGAUGAUGAGCGAUGUGCGUAUCACACACCACGGCCCGGGACACUACGGCACACACCACCAGACACCACCCCACAUGGGCAGGAGGAGAGUGGAGGAGAUAUUUUUUGGUUUUGUUUUCUCAGGUGAGCAGAGGAGGAGUAGGAGGAAAACAUUGUCUUAAGUCAGAUAGCGUGACAAUUCCGCCUCCGAGCAUUGUGUAGGAGUGACGCGACCUGACGUAAGACAAUGGGAGGAGGAGGGACACCCGAAGAAAUAACCUCUUCCUACUAAAAUGAAACAACCUCCUCUUUCCACCUGCUGUGGUGGCCAUUUUGUGUCAGCCAUUUUGUCUCAGGCCUGGAGCCUUGCUGGAGCUCAGCAACAACAGCCUUCUGGGAAUGGACUGGGACAAUAAGAGAGAAAUAGCUUCCUGUUCUGUUCACUAUGCCAUAGACUAUAUACAGGGGCUGGACUCCACACCCCUCCAUAUCCCCCUCGUCUUCCUCCGUACUUCCCCUCGUCUUCCCCCCCAAUAACCCUACAACCCUCUCGCCUUGCCUCACCCUCAAGCCGCCCUCAAGCACUUGUAAACUUCACUGAACUGUAGGACUGUAUAGCAUCUUCCCAAGUGUGGUAAAGGUCAUUGUGAUAAACUCUGCACUCGGACACUCAGACUCUAACAAAUUCCGGUAACACACAGUUACACACACAAUGCAAGCGCACAUAAUAUACAUACAUAUAGACUCAAUGUAAGCAUUGCAUUGAUUCACAUUUGUUGUUGAUCAAGUGAAAUACCAAAACACUGAGCACUGCAGGGGUCCAUACUAUUGUAACAGGGGAUUGUGACCUUGCUCUCCUGCACAUGUUGACAUGUUUUAUUCACACACAAAGAUGAUUGACGCUCCAAAUCCAAAGAUGCAAUAGUUUUUUUUAUACUUUAAUCGUCAAGAUGGUCGGGUCCAAUAUUUUCAAUUUGGUCUGUUUUCCUGAAUCCCUAAUAGUUUUGGAAGUGGUUUCAUUUCGAGGUUCUGUGUCAGUCGUUCACAAAAAGUGGACCUCAUUUAUAGCCCUUUAUGAUACGUUUUAUAAACUGUGUGUGUGUGUAGGGUGUGUUUUUAUGUACAGCAGAACAUAGCAAUUUGUUGAUUCAAUAUCUGAUACACUAAGAUCCGGUUUGGUAGCAUGUGACUUAUUUUUUUAUUAGCAUUUUUGUUGUGUUCCUGUGCAGCUUUCUUUAAUAAGUUAACGGCACAUUAUUAUUUGCCGCUUGGGCUAUAGAGAACCAAAUUGUCUCUGGUUGUCACUGAAGCUGUGCGACAGAAGCAGAAAGCUAGAAGUAAUAGAUUUACUGUACACCGUCAUUUAUAAAUGAUUAAACACUUAGAAGUGUUUUUCAGAGAAUGGCUUUUCCAUUGCUUUUCACCCUCAGACUUUUUUCCGGACUACAUCUGACUCUAAACAAAUGCAACUGCAUCCCCUCUCCUCAGUAACCAUUUCCUCUUUCCCAUGCAAUUUUUGUAUUUAUUCGUUUCUAAAUAUAUGCCAUUACCGUCUUUUAUGAAAUCUUAGCUGGCAGAAAGCUUUUCUUCUAAUGGUUGUGUGGCUGUCUAAGUGGUUUCUAACUGGCCUUUCUCUUGUCUGCGUAGUCCUGUAGUAGUUCAUCCUUGCUGCUUUCUGGAGUGGAAUGUGCUGCGCUUUAGUCUCUCUAGGUCGUGUUCAUUAGGCACCAAACGGAACAAAAUGGACUGAAACAAUGAGGAACUACCUGGUCCAAUAAGAAAUGCUUAUUUUCGUUUGCUGUUACAAAACUUCAUGGAAUGUUUUCUGUUGGAUGCCCUAAUGAACAGGACCAUUGCUGCUCUUAUGAAUGACUAUCCAUGUUCCCCUGUAACGUUUAUGUGUGUCUACAAACGGCACUGACAUGUGAACAAACACAUAACCGAACUGUUAUACUAUGGAUCAGCAUUCACUCAGUGACAAAGCUCCUUCUCUGCACAACGCACACGACACACACACACACGCUGUGUUCAAAAACGAUUUUGCCUUAAAGAAUCACUUUCGUGCCUCCGACAUCCCCCUCAAAGAUUAUAAUUGACUCAGAAGUUAAAAGCCAUUCACAAGGAGUAACAAUAGAUUAAUUUAUUUUUUAUGCUGAGAAUUUAUUGUAUAGUAGAUGCCUUCAAAAAUCAGGAGUAAAUGUCACCACACUUCACCACUGCAGUUACCACACUUCACUGAUGUGUGAUAUUUAUGUCGCCAUCUAGUGGAGUAAUAGGAACUUUACCUUCUCGCACAAGGAUGGGAAUUGGACAUGGAUCUUGAGGGAAAUUCUUUCAGAACUCCUGUGGCAGUCUGGGAACAGUUUCAAUUCUUCAGGGAUCCCCCUUUUAUUAACAAAGUUUUAGACAUUUUGUUUUAGAAAAACAACUCCUAAACAAGGGAUAAUCUUGUUUUGCAUUUGUAUGUAACUUCCCCCAAAAAUCCAUCUUAAUAUGUGUGUAACAAUUUGCAGUAUAUAUUACUGCAGAAGUAACUAGAGUAUCAGUCAAAAAACAUAAGGACAUGUCUAAAGGCACUUAAAUAUGCAGGUUUAUCGUUAAUGAUUUGUGUUUUCUUUUGUUUGUGUUUGUAUAAACUUUGGUUUAACUUGAAUACUUUCAGUGACAUCAAAAGUUGGCUAUUUCUUGUCUUGAUCAUGUAUAUUAUACAUAAUGGGCUUGUUUCUCGGAUCCAGAUUUAGCCUAUUUCUAGACUUAAAAGCAUGUUCAGUGGACAUUCGCAAUUGAAAAUACUUAGUCCAGGACUAGACUUAAUCUGUGUUCAUGAAACCGGCCCAAUAAGGAUUGCUACUCAGUAACUACUUGACACAUCUCACAAAUGACUGAACUUCUUUGUCCUACUCCUACAGUCCCAAUAGUAACCAGGGCUCUGGUCAAAAGUAGUGCACUAUAUAGGGAAUAGGGUGUCAUUUGGGAUUCUACCCAACAAUGACAAUCCCAAUGGUGACCCUGUCUGGCAUUGUGUAGUACUCUGAGCUGGCGCUAUAGUAGGCUAGCUGUCCCUUAUUAAUAGACGAUUGUUCAUAUGAAAUGGUAAAAAAGCAACUUUAUUUAGCUUUCAUUUUAGUUAUUGUCAUUGGCACUUUGUUUCUUUUCAUUUUCAUUUUUGGUAUUUUCUUUAUUGCGUGCUAUUGUCAUGAGGACUAUAUACAAAUACUCUGGCAUAAUAAACGCUUCUAGUAUGUAUUUUUGUGUUGUAAUGAUGAGAUAUAGAAAUUAAUUUGUUUUAGAACAUCGAUUUCUUUAUUUUUCUGAUCUAAAAGACUGUUAAUGUAACCCAACUGUUUGUAUCAGCCGGACUAUGCCGGAACCAUAGAGUUAGAAUCAUGAUUCUAAUUCUAUGGCUGGAACACUGCUCUGUCUGGCCUGCCCAUCACUCACAAACCAACUAAGUUAUUGUUGCAUUGGUUUCAUGGAAAUAUAUACAUAUUUUUAAACCUCUCAAAAUAUUAACUGUUGUUGUGAACAAGUAACAGAAUUGUAUAAGAAAAAGAAUUUUAGGUGGAGAUGACAACAUUGUGAAAGUUACGUAUUAGUUAUUUGAAUUGUUCAUUCGCACUCCCAUGAAAGAAUUGUUGAACUGAUCAUUUCAGAAAUUGUCCUUAUCUGUACUAUAUGAAUAUAUUUACUUUUCCAUGCAUGUCCAAGUGGAGCUACUAUGAACACUUACCGUGCUGCAGAUUUAAUUAAACAAAAGAACUUAAUGGAUA